CCCCCGGGGCCGCCCCGCUCACCUCCAGGCAUCCCCGCCUCGGGCCUGCGGCGGACCGCAAAGCAGGAAGCCCGCGCGGAACCCACCUGCCGGCGCGUCCCUAGGGGUGCGCGGCCGGGUCGGGCGGCCGCCCAUCGGCUUCCCCUUCCGGGGCGCCGCCUAGCGCUACGGCGAGCACUUCCGGGUUUCGUCGGUCCCGCCGCCAGAGCGCUCCGCCCCGCGCCGCCAGGCUGCUGCUCCUUUCCGGAGACCCGCGGAAAUUCGGAAGCUCGGGCCUCCGGCGGCCGAAUCCGAGCCCAGAGGCAGAGGCUGGGCUGGUGCAGAGGGAAUGACCAGUCCGACUCCGGUUGGUGUCCGGACCGCGCCCUGGGAUUUCCCGCGCACCCACGUCUGCCUUGAUAGACAUCCAGUACCCGCAGGUGUCAAGCCCUGGUUUUGGUGCAGAGGAUACAGCAGUGAUCCGCACAGAUAAAAAUCCCCGCGCCCACAGGGCUUGCUUUCUUGUGCAUUCACCUUUGCGGUGACCAAAGGCUUUGAUUUGUCCAAAGCCUGGCUGCUGAAGUGGACGAACCGAGAUCAGUAAUGCUCAGUUGUAUAUGGCUUCAAAGCGUGGUUCUCCCCUAAGCCUGGCCUUCUGAAAGGGACGACAGCAGAGAGUCCUGUGUCCGAAAACAUAGCCACACAAGAGAUUGUUCAUAUUCAGCCGACUUCUUGGAAGAAUUCUUAAACAGAUGGGAAUAGGAACAAAGCAAAGGGAUACAAAGUGGACACAAGUCAGAAAACAUGAACCCAUUUACUAGCUGCUGACUCAGGGCACUUUACACUCUCUGAGCUUUGACUACGUCUUCAUCUGUAAAAUGAAGGUUUCUGUUCCAAAAUUUGAUAAAGUUCCUUGGCUUAGUGAGACCAGCCUCAUGAAUAAGCCAUUAGUGCUCAGCCUCCCCAAAAGAUCUCCUUAUUCCUCUACUACUUUUCUGACUUCGGCCUGGAAGGAUGUGGAUCUGCCAGUUUUGUUUCAAGUGCCAGGAGUCUCAUCUAAGGCCAGGAAGAACCAGAGUGACCUCAUGGCAUUCAAAAAUAAGAGGCUGUGCUCCACAUGUCAAGAAAUAAAAUUGGUACAAACAAGAACUGUGAUGGUCCCAGAUUAUCUGAAACUAUCCUUAGAAAAUUUUGUGAGUCAAAGAAUGAUGGGCCCUCAUCAACGCAGAGCCCAGACUGCACCUAAGCCUUCCCGUGAGGACAUCGCAACAGAGAGCAUUCGCUACAGACUGCCCAUUCUGGGCCCCAGGACAGCUGUCUUCCACGAUCUGCUGUCAGAUGCCUACCAAGCUCUUCAGGAGAAUCAACAUUCCUUCGUGCCCAGAAAGGCACCCUGGGGCAGGACAGUGACACAGUGA